AUGUCUGAUGACAAGAAGAGAGAAGAGGAAGAGACAUGUCCGCCCCUCCCUCCUCCGCCCUCCUCCUCCGCCAUGGAGACGAUGAUGUCACUGGGGAGGCGGGACCUGGUGUGCAUCGUGUGUUUCGGUAGUUAUGACCUGGCGACGCGGUUGCCCCGACGACUGCACUGCGGCCACGCCUUCUGCCAGGCGUGUCUGAAGAGGCUGGACACAGUCAUCAACGAACAGGUGUGGAUCCCGUGUCCUCAGUGUCGACAGAACACGCCGCGGCCCCGGGGGGGGGCGUCGGGUCUGGACCUGGAUCUGGCCUCGUUCCUGGGCAUCAAGGCCCAGCAGACCUGCACCUCCUCCUGCUCCUCGUCCUCCUGGAGCUCUGGCCUCAGGGAGGGGGGGCCGGCCGGAGCAGGGACCCGGGAUGGGAAGCUGUGGCUGGGGAAGGAGGCCACAGAUGAUGGCUGGUCACAUGGAGGUCUGGCAGAGCCGCGGUUCCAUCGCUAUGGCAACUGUUGCCCACCCCUGUCCUAUUGGCAGUGCUGUUGGUUCUGCUGCCCGGGGCGGGGCUAA